GUGCGCGUGGUGGGUGUGUGCGGCGCCUCUCUCCCAUGAUGCCAGUGCCAGUGUCCCUAGGCCACGCCCUCGGUACCAUGCUCGGCGUCCCUGCUGCCGCCUCACACCCGCACGUCUGUGAUUAGUUCAACUGUGCGUCGUACUCCGAGUUAGAUGUGAUUCUCGAGUGAAUAGUGUUGGUGUAGAGUGAAUAGUGCGAGCAUGAGGUGGGAGGUGUUGCUACUGCUGCUGGCAGGGCUGCUGGCGCCAACAAGGGGGUUCCUAGUGACAGUACCCGACACCACGCCCGUCGGACGCGGCGUAUUUCUCGCCUUCAUGGACGGACCUACCCGUUACAAGCUAGACUCUCGCAGGACGUCCAGCCACGUCCACAGACUCCUCCACGUGGACCGCACAACGGGCACGGUCUCGGUCAAGCACCCGCUGGACUGCUCGGGCACCUUCUACACCAACCCGGUAACGGUGUGGGUGGAGGCGUGGUCGGAGAGGCCCGGGGCGCCCAUCGACUACGCCUCCUUCCCCGUGCGAGUGUUGGUGACGGGCGACUCCUGCCGCCACCACGCCGCCCUCCUCCAGCGGGAAGUCGCGUCCUGGAUAGAUACGGCGGCUCUCUCUCUGCCCCUACCUGACCCCGAUCCAGCCGAUCCUGAUAGACUGUGUCUGCGGAGGUCUCAGGUCAUCCUCAGAAUCCCUUCCCUGUUGCCACGGACGCCGCAGGCCUGCAGACUUGACUACACUUCCGUGUCAGACCACCGUGUUACCAUCGAGCCCCAUGGCGGCGACUUGGUCAGUCUCUUCGACACGUGUCUGACGGGGGUGACAAGAAUCAAACUGGGGCUACAACUAACGUGUUCAGGGCUAACGGCGCCGUACGACCACGACCUAACGCUGGUGUUGCACAGCGCUGCCACCGCCAACGAAGGUCACAUUCGUCGCAUCCGUCGCCAAAUGCAAACAGCGGCGCCGUACUUCGAGCGUACACUUGAGGUGGCGCACGUGGUGGAGGAGUCGGACAAGGGCACGUCAGUGACCACGGUGACGGCCACAGACCCAGAGGACGCGCCACUGACGUACUCUAUCGAGGCUGUGCUCGACGCCCGCUCGCAGAGGAUGUUCGAGAUCGAUCCCACGUCGGGCCUCGUCACCACCAAGACGCGCCUCGAUCGCGAGCUCGUCGACGUCCAUUACUUUCGUGUCAAGGCGGUGGACAAGGCAUCAUCGCCGCCUCGUUCAGCCACCACCACUCUUCAAAUCAACAUCGACGACGCCAACGACCACGAACCGGUGUUCGAGCGUCAGGAAUACGACACAUCGGUCCGAGAGUCUACAAGCGUCGGGUCCACCGUCCUAACAGUUCGCGCGACGGACCAAGACUCUGGCCCUAAUGCAGACCUUCGUUACACUAUUCUCAAUCCUUCAGGUGCUAACGAGGUGUUCCGAAUAGACCCCAAAUCCGGGGAGCUGUCGACGCGCCUGCCGCUGGACCGUGAAGAGCACUCCCAGUACACGUUGACGGUGCAGGCAGAGGACCAGGGCCCCGCCCAGCACCGCCUCACAGCCACCGCUCAGAUCUCCGUCACCGUCAUGGACGAAAACGACAACUACCCACAGUUCACGGAGAGAACGUACACGGUAGAGGUGCCCGAAGACAUAAGUGCAGCCGCCUCCCCGGUCAUUGCCCAUAUCCAGGCCAGCGACAACGACAGCGGCAAGAACGGCCAGGUGCGAUACGCCAUAAUCGGCGGCAAUACCGCUGGACACUUUACAAUUGACGGAUUGACGGGCGAGAUCCGUGUUGCCGCCCCGUUGGAUCACGAGACCAACCGUCACUACCGUCUUGUGGUCCGUGCCCAGGACGGCGGGUCGCCCCCACGAUCCAACACGACGCAACUCCUCGUCAACGUAAGGGACGUCAACGACAAUUCUCCCAGGUUUUACACGCCACUCUUCCAGGAGACCGUUCAGGAGAACGUCCCCGUCGGAUACUCAAUUGUUCGCGUUCAAGCGUUUGAUAACGACGCCGGUGACAACUCUCUUCUAACCUACAACGUGGAUGGCGGCGGGGAGAACCUGCCUGUGGAGGUGGAGGAGUCAACGGGGUGGGUGCUGACGCGGCGGGAGCUGGACCGGGAAGAGAACCACCACUACACCUUCACGGUGGUGGCUCGCGACCAUGGCGAUCCCCCACAGUCAGCCUCCGCCACAGUCAUCCUACAGAUUCAGGACCAGAACGACAACGAUCCAGUCUUUCACCCUAAGAACUACGAAGUGGCUGUGAGCGAGAGCGACUACCCUGGUACGCCCGUCGUUACCGUCACCGCCACCGACAGGGACGAAAACCCGCGUCUCCACUACGCCAUAACGUCAGGGAACGAGCGCGGCCGCUUCUCUAUCACUGCGCAGAACGGACGAGGAUUGAUCUCAUUGGCGCAGCCCCUCGACUAUAAGCAAGAACGGAGUUACAUCUUGACGGUGACGGCUACAGACGCCGGCGGACGGUACGACUCCGCCACCGUGUACGUCAACGUCAGUGACGCCAACACCUUCCCACCACAAUUCGAGAACACGCCGUAUUCUGCCACAAUAUUCGAGGACGCACCAGAGGGCAGCACUGUGAUAAUGGUGGCGGCCUCCGACGGUGACACGGGAGAGAACGCUCGCAUUACCUACUCCCUCAGCGGGGAAUCCGUUCCAGAAUUCGUAAUUCAUCCCAGCACGGGCGCGAUUACCACCACCAAGCACUUAGACCGAGAAGCCCAAGGCGGCUACCUUCUCACUGUCACUGCCCGCGACAACGGUACCCCGCCCCUCUCCGACACAACCGAUGUUGAAAUCACCAUCGUAGACGUGAACGACAAUGCGCCUGCGUUCAGUAAACCGUCGUACCGUGCCUCCAUUCCAGAGGACUCCUCGGUUGGCGCCUCCGUAAUUCAGAUUAAGGCUAGUGAUGCUGACGCGGGUCUGAACGGAAGAGUCGUGUAUUCCUUCGUUGGCGGAGACAACGGGAAUGGCGCCUUCUCGCUGGACCCGACCUCCGGAGUGGUGAGGACAGCCCGCCUUCUGGACCGGGAGACCGUGGAGCAGUACUCCCUGGUGGCUCUGGCGGUAGACCGAGGCGCCCCGGAACGAUCGUCGUCAGUCACGGUGCUGGUGGACGUUGAAGACAUCAAUGACAACCCUCCCAUGUUCGACACGGACCGCAUUCAGCUGUACAUCGCGGAGAACUCCCCCGUGGGGUCCACGGUGGGGGAGGUGCGGGCCCGGGACCCCGACGCCGGCCGCAAUGCCCUCAUCCAGUACAGCAUCAUUGGCGGGCCUGACGCAAAGAAUUUCAGCAUGGUCGCGCAUCCCUCCGAGGGUCGCGCUGAACUCGUCACUCGCGUCGACCUUGAUUACGAGUCUCCGAAAAAGAAGUACCAACUCAAUGUGCGCGCCACGUCCGCGCCUCUGAGGUCGGACAUUCCCGUGACUGUGCACGUCGUCGACAUUAACGACAAUGCUCCAGUCCUCUCCGAUUUCCGCAUCAUCUUCAACAACUUCAAGAAUCAUUUUCCGAUUGGUCCAAUCGGCCGUGUGCCCGCCAUGGACGCUGACGUCACGGACCAGCUGACGUACCGGAUCAUCAGUGGGAACAAGGCUGGCUUGGUGGACAUCAACAAGGACUCCGGAGAGAUCCUUCUCUCUCCUUCUCUCAACACCAACGUGCCCAUCCUAGCCACCAUGGAGGUCUCUGUCUCAGCGCUCCUUGCAUAUAUUGCACAGUUCCUCUCACUUAUUGCACAGUUCCUCUCACUUAUUGCACAGUUCCUCUCACUUAUUGCAAGACUCCUCACAACACAACAAAGGACAAAACAGGUGGCAUCCUCACUUUGCAAAGAUAAUUGGCUGGGAAGUUGUCGCACCGUGCGGCCCUGUGACCCCGGCGGCGCCUCCAUGCCUUCCCUGACCCAGGCGUCAUGCACGCAUGCCUCCAUGCUUAUCAUGUCUCCAGGGGUCGCAUGCUUCCUAAGCUUUCCCUACCCAAGUUAUUGCCUCAAGCUUCUUGUAGCACCAGCAUUUGGUAUGCGACUAAUCUUGCAACGCCUUAUGGACCCUUUGCAACUUUUGUUUACUGAUGCAUACAUUGCCCGCGAGCAGGAUAUACUCGUCAAUACCUAUAUCAGGUCUGGAGUCAAUGCCUGA